UUAAACUCACAGCCCAUAGGCCAACUCAGUUUUUCCUUUGAUUUUUUUCAGUCUCUGUUUUCAAGCCUAAAGGUGGAUUAUAAGGCUCUUCCUUGGUUCCAUAGAGCUCUCCUACAUGUUUUCUCUGCCACUGGCCUAGAAAUCCGGCCCUCACCUGAAAUUCCCAGGUUUAAAGCAGCCUCCUUGCAGAGCUUAUGCCAGAUGUUGUCUUCAAGCUGCCAUCUAUGCUCUGUUCACCCCAAACCUCUAUAUCACUCUUUUAAUACAAAUCUCUGAGCAGUAUUUAGGUGAGAUGUGAGUUAAGUAAGAAAACUAGUAGCCAUUUUACUAGUUGUUUAAAAUAUAUUUUAUUUAUUUACCCUUUGUGUUGCCCAUGUUUUUUAUUGUUGUUGUCAUUAUUAUUGUUUUUGUUAUUGAUGUUGUCAUUGUUCAAUAGGACAAAAAAAAAUGGAGAGAGGAGGGGAAGACAGUGAAGGGGAGAGAAAGAUAGACACCUGCAGACCUGCUUUACCACCUGUGAAGUGACUUCCCUGCAGGGGCCAUACUGUCCAGUGAAGAGGCUGUGCUGCUAGAUUUAAAACAGAGUCUCAAGCUAUUGCUGGGAAUUAUCUUCCAUUUUCUGGCCUGAAAGACAUUCAGCGAAAGAGGAAGAGAUGGCAGUUUCUUGGGGCUCAGUGACCUAUGAAGAUGUAACUGUGAUAUUCACUCAAGAGGAGUGGGCACUAUUGAAUCCUUCAGAGAAGAAACUCUACAGAGAUGUGAUGUGUGAAAACUUCAAAAACUAUCUUUCAAUAGAAAAGAUACAAGAACAUUCCACCAAAGAGCAGCAUAACUUGCCUGGGAGUAAACAAAGUAAUACAACAGUGAAAAUCUCUGAGGGCAAAGAAAGUCAGAAUGGUAGAAAAUCUCAAGAAUGCGAAGUACACAACAAAUUAUUCCCUUAUUCUAAUCAUCUUCAACAACAUGAAAGACUUCACAGUGGAGAGAAACCCUAUGUAUGUAAACUAUGUAGUAAAGCAUUCAGUUAUUCCAGUCAGCUUCCUACACAUGAAAGAACUCACAGUGGAGAGAAACCCUAUGAAUGUAAACUAUGUAGUAAAACAUUCAGUUACUCUAGUCAUCUUCGGUCUCAUGAAAGACUUCACAGUGGAGAGAAACCAUAUGUAUGUAAACUAUGUAGUAAAACAUUCAGUGAUUUCAGUACUCUUCGGUCACAUGAAAGAAUUCACAGUGGAGAGAAACCCUAUGAAUGUAAACUAUGUAGUAAAACAUUCAGUUAUUCCAGUACUCUUCAGAGACAUGAAAGAAUUCACAGUGGAGAGAAACCCUAUGAAUGUAAACUAUGUAGUAAAACGUUCGGAAAAUCCAGUAAUCUUCGGUCACAUGAAAGAAUUCACAGUGGAGAGAAACCCUAUGAAUGUAAACUAUGUAGUAAAACAUUCAGUGAUUUCAGUACUCUUCGGUCACAUGAAAGAAUUCACAGUGGAGAGAAACCUUAUGAAUGUAAACUAUGUAGUAAGACAUUUAGACAUUCCAGUACUCUUUGGAAACAUACAAGAACUCACAGUGGAGAGAAACCCUAUGAAUGUAAACUAUGUAGUAAAACAUUCAGUUGUUCUGGUAAUCUUCGGACACAUGAAAGAACUCACAGUGGAGAGAAUCCCUAUGUAUGUAAACUAUGUAGUAAAACAUUCAUUUUUUCCAGUCAUCUUCGGUCACAUGAACGAACCCACAGUGGAGAGAAACUCUAUGUAUGUAAAGUAUGUAGUAAAGCAUUCGGUCAUUCCAGUACUCUUCGGAGACAUGAAAGAACCCACAGUGGAGAGAAACCUUUUGAAUGUAAGCUAUGUAGUAAAACAUUCAGUCAUACCAGUAGUCUUCGGACACAUGAAAGAAUUCACUGUGGAGAGAAACCCUAUGAAUGUAAACUAUGUAGUAAAACAUUCAUUUGUUCCAGUAGUCUUCGAAAACAUGAAAGAAUUCACAGAGAGAAACCCUACAAAUGUAAACUAUGUAGUAAAACAUUCACUGAUUCCAAUACUCUUCGGUCACAUGAAAGAAUUCACCGUGGAGAGAAACCUUAUGAAUGUAAACUGUAGUAAGACAUGUGUAGUAAGACAAAAAGAUAUGUGUACACAUAUCUUUUUGGAUGGAUGUGUUGGGUUCCUUAGGAUAUAUCCGCAAGAGAGGAAUUGCAGGAUCAUAGGGUAGGUCCAUUUCUACUCUUCUAAGAGUUCUCCAGACUGUUCUCCACAGAGGUUGGACCAAUUGACAUUCCCACCAGCAGUGUAGGAGGGUUCCUUUGACCCCAAACCCUCUCCAACAUUUGCUGCUGUUAACUUUUCUGAUGUAUGACAUUCUCACAGGAGCGAAAUGGUAU